AUGAGCCUCGAGGAUGUCCACCGCCACCGACCCUCGCCGCAGCGCCAACCCUACGGUCGUAUUAGAUGGGCGCCGUGGGACGUGCCCGCAAAGCGUCGAUUCCAAACCCUCAUGGUACUGGUGCACUGUCUUUCCAUCGCCGGCUAUGUGUCGAUAUUCUUCGGCUUGUGCGCCAAUCCUUUCGCAUGGCCUCUGUUGCUCCUAUACUUACUACAUGUGCUGAGCUCCAGAGCUGCCACCGAUGGCUCACUCAAAUUUCGGUCAGAGUGGUUCCGCUCAAGCUACGUGUGGGACCUCUUUGCAGGCUACUUUCCAGCCAAGCUUCAUAAGACGCACGACCUGCCGCCCACCCGGAAAUACAUUUUUGGAUAUCAUCCUCACGGUAUCAUCAGCCAUGGUGCUUGGGCGGCUUUUGCAACCGAAGCCCUGGGUUUCGCCGAAAAGUUUCCCGGGAUUACGAAUAGUCUGCUUACCCUGGACUCCAACUUCCGUAUUCCCUUCUACCGCGACUACAUUCUGGGCAUGGGUGUGCGAUCCGUGUCCAAAGAAUCCAUAGUCAACAUUUUAACCCGAGGAGGGGCCAACAACGAAGGGAUGGGAAGGGCUGUCACUAUCGUUGUGGGGGGAGCCCGCGAGUCGUUGGAGGCACAACCUGGUCAAAUGCGCUUGAUCCUGAAAGAGCGCAAGGGCUUUAUCAAGCUUGCCGUUCGAUGCGGCGCUGACCUCGUCCCAGUUCUGGCUUUCGGCGAGAACGACUUGUAUGACCAGCUUCGGCCCAGGGAACAUCCAUUCGUCCACAAGGUGCAGAUGUUCGUGCUUAAGGUAUGGAAGUUCACACUUCCAUUUUUGCACGGUCGGGGUAUCUUCAACUACGACGUGGGCAUGAUGCCGUACCGUCACCCGCUCAAUGUGGUAGUGGGCAAACCCAUUAAGGUCACGCAAUCAAACCAAAUUGAUAACGACGAGAUCAAUCGCCUGCAUGAACUCUACGUGUCGGAGUUGGAGGAGCUGUGGGAUCGGUACAAGGAUGAGUUUGCCCGUGACCGAAAGGAGGAAAUGCAGAUUCUCUCCUAG